UAAAAUGCCAAGGAAAUGGAAAUUUACUGUAUAACUAUUUUCUUUUGCCCAUUACAGAGACUUCAAGCUAAAGUAAUAAAACUAGUUGAUGUAUCUUAUGGCGGUGAAAAUGGCUUCAAUCAAGCUAUAGAGUUGGCAGCUGAGUCUUUGCAGAAUGUAAAGUUUAUUCAAGAAAAGAAACUUAUCGGCAGGUACUUUGAUGAAAUCAGCCAGGACACGGGCAAAUACUGUUUUGGAGUAGAGGAUACUCUUAAAGGACUUGAGCUUGGCGCUGUAGAAACCCUCAUCUGCUGGGAAAACCUUGACAUACAACGAUACGUACUGAAGAAUCAUACUGUGGGAACAGAAACUGUACUCCAUUUAACCCCAGAACAAGAGAAAGAUAAGUCUCAUUUUACAGAUAAAGAGACCGGCGUCGAAUUAGAAUUAGUUGAAUGUCAACCACUAUUGGAAUGGCUCGCGAAUAACUACAAGAAUUUCGGUGCUACUUUAGAAAUUAUCACGGACAAAUCGCAAGAAGGAUCACAGUUUGUACGAGGGUUCGGUGGCAUUGGAGGUUUGUUACGGUACAAGGUGGACUUUCAGAGUAUGCAGCUGGAGGAGUAUGAAAACGGAGAAGAAUUUGAUUUGGAUAGUUAUUGAACAUUAUAUCAAAAGUGAUUACUUAAUAUAACAAGCACAAGAAGACGACUUAACGCGAUUGGAGUAGGCGGUGUCCGAUUACUAAAUUGGACUCCGCCCUUCUAUGACCACUUGCUCAUGUGGACUCGUAACCGCAACACUUGGAGAGCCCAUCCUUAAAAAAAUACCGUGAAGAACAUUUAGAUUAAUUUAAAAAUAUUAUAAUUCUGCAAUAGUGGUGGUUUAAUUAAAAUAAUAUCGACUUUUUUAUUGAUCUGUAAAUCUGGCACGGAUAUGUGAAUGAAAAUAUGUGCUUGUG